GUCAAACUCCAGAAAUCCCUGGAGCAUCUUUUGAAGGAAAUGGAGGACCUGAAGAAGCGUGAGUCAGCAGAAAGGAUGAAAACCCAGGAGUGCAAGGAGACGGUGAAGAAAAAGCGGGAGAGGAUUGUGAGCGAGUUUGGGAAGCUGCAUCGGCUGCUGGUUGAUGAGGAGAAACUGCUGCUCCAGAAGCUGGAGGAGGAGGAGAAGCGAAUUCUGCUGACGAUCAAUGAAAACCUGGCCCGGCUGGUGGAGCAGAAGUCCUUGCUGGAGGAGCUGAUCCUGGAGAUAAAGGAGAAGACCCAGCAGCCAGCCGACAGGUUGCUCAAGGACAUGAAAAGCGUCCUGAGCAGGUGCGAGGGGGUAAAGCUCCAGUCCCCCAAGGCUGUGUCUGUGACCCUGAAGGAAAACUACAGCAUCCCUGAGCGCUGCCUGGGCAUGAGGGACAUGCUGAAGAAGUUCAAAGUGGACGUGACUCUGGACCCCGAGACGGCACACCCUGAGCUCACCCUGUCCGAGGACCGCAAGAGCGUGAGGCGCGGGAGCAAGAAACUGCUUCUGUCCCUCUUUGACAACCCCAAGAGGUUCGGCACCGCUCCGGUGGUGCUGGGGAGUCAGGUCUUCUUCUCAGGCCGCUGCUACUGGGAGGUGCAGGUGGGAGACAAGCCCGAGUGGGGCUUGGGGCUGUGCAGGGAGUCUGCCAGCCGGAAAGGCAUCGUCCUCUUCUCCCCAAACAAUGGCUACUGGGUGCUGCGGCUGCAAAAUGGGGGCAACUAUGAUUUUUUUUCACCUAUCUCCCCUCUGACCCUGAGCGUGAGACCCCGGCGCAUCGGGAUCUUCCUGGACUACGAGGCAGGAGAAAUCUCCUUUUACAACGUGAGCGACCGCUCCCAUAUUUACACCUUCACCGACAAGUUUUCGGGGAACCUCCGGCCUCUCUUCUUCCUGGGUGCCUUUUUGGGGGGCAGAAAUGCAGAGCCCUUGGUGAUCUCCUGGGUCAGGGACACGCAGGGGACCGGGUGCAUCGUCCUGUGA